AUGCAGGAUGAUUCGGCUAUGAUUGCAGGCGAGCAAAAUACUUUGUCCCAUAUUGAGAUCAUCGAAGUUCGUCGAUAUCACCCUCCAGGGGUUUCGGAGAUCAUUGGGCGCGGUGGCGAAAGCUUCAUCGGUCUUAUCGAUGAUUCGACGGUUUUGAAAUAUCCUUGCAUCCCUGGAAACCUUGAAGGCAUUCAUAUUGAAGCCAAGCUUCUCGAAGUCCUUGGAAGCCACCCCCGAAUUAUCGCCUCAAGGGGCCUGACUGAACACGGUCUUAUUCUGCAGCGCGCAUCGAAUGGAUCUUUGAGUGACUAUAUUAUAUCGCAAUCCGUUAUUCCUUUCGACAGGCGGUUGCUUUGGUGCAAACAAGCUGCCGAAGCAGUUAGUUAUAUCCACAGGAAACACGUCAUUCACUGCGACAUAAAUUUGAGAAAUUUCCUACUUGACAAGAACCUUGAUCUACAGCUUGCAGACUUUCAGGGUAUGCUAAAGUCACUCAGCAACGAAACUUUACUGGAUGGACUUUCUCGGGAGUGCUCAAAGUCAUAUUUGCCCCGUGAUAAUGGGGACUUUGCAUGCGUGAAGACUGAUAUAUUCGCGCUCGGUUCCGCUAUCUACUUCAUAAUAACAGGACAUGAAGUCUUCCCAGAGCUGGACAGUUUAGAAGACGAUGAAGAAAUCUCUUCUCGAUUCCGGAAUGGACUAUUCCCCACGGAGAGUCACGCUUGUUCCACUAUCACGGAAAAAUGUUGGACCCAACAAUACUUGUCCGCUGAUGACAUUGUCCAUGAUCUUUCUCUGAUUGGAGCUGUCAGAGGGCCUAUUGAAUAA